CGCCCACGUGCGAGCGAAGGCUAUUUUACCCAGCGUAUUUGUUCUCAAAUAUCACGUUUUCUCGUCUUACGUCUAAUUUCGUAAUUUUAUUUUGUAUUUAAAUAAAAUUGAGGAGGAACCUCAUAUUAGCAGGUUAGAAGAUGGCGUGGGUCCUUCGCACCCCCCAAAUACAUAGCUCAUUCAGUAAUCUCGGAUUUUCACACCCUGAUGGAUAUCACAUAAACGAUAAUUGCAAUGCGGCCCUGGAGUUAAUUCUGCAUAAUAUACUAACAGAAGACAAAUUACAACGAACCUACCGCAGAAGUAUUCGAUUCGGACAAAACAUAAAUAAAGAUCUCAUUCCCCUGCUGAUUCAUACCAAAGACGAGAAGACCGUCGAACUUUUGAUAAAGAUAUUCGUUAAUUUGUCGAUACCCGUCGAGUGCCUCCUCUCGCUAGAGACGACCACCAAAACAGAUUUCGGUAGACACGCAAUUUUCGAAAUAAAUAGCUUGCUCGCUUCGACUAAAACGACUCUAACCGACCAUCGAGCCACGAAAGUGGUGAUCGAAUUUUUAAAGAAAAACUCCGAAUCCGGACCCAACGGCAAGCUGUCGAUGGAACAGCGCACCAACAUCUGCAACACGCUCCUGUUCUUGCGGAACGUGUUGCACAUACCGGAGGAAGUGAACGUCCUGUCUUGUAGCUAUAGCGGACCAUCUCACUCGGUUCAAAAUCAAAUACUGUGGAAUUUGUUCAGUCAUAGUUUUGACAAAAUUCUACUCAAACUUAUUACGAUCCCGGACGCGGUGCACUGGGCAGUGACCAUGGUACAAUUGAUAGCAUUGUUGUACAAAGACCAGCAUGUGACGACGCUACACAAACUAUUGAAUAUAUGGUUAGAAACCACACUGUCGGAGAGUUCGGAAGACAAUGAAAGCAACACUUCGCCCCAGAAUGGAGGCAGUGAUCAUUCUUCACCUAUCUUAACGUCGGACCCGACUUCAGACUCGUCCGAUACCGUCGGUAGCGGAAAAAGUGACGAGGAUAUGCCCAAUAACACUUGGGAGAACACGACCACACAAAAUAAAGAGACCAACGAUGAAAUCCAGCAGAAGGCUAUGAAUGAAAAGUCGACGUAUACCAGCAGUGACGACCACAAUAUUAAAGGGUCGUCUGAGAGUGAUUUGCUGGCGAAAGACACCGUCAUGAAGGAAAAAUUAUAUUCCGACAAAAAGAACAAGCGGAAUAUAGAAUUUAUCAGUCGGCGAAAGAAUCAGGAGACGACGACGACAUCCAGCAACGAGGACGAGCUGCCGGCCAAGAAGCCGCACAACUCCAAACCCCGCAUGACCAGCAAACAGCGCCCGCCCAGCGCCACGCCCCAGGACAGAAAGAGAAAGAAGAUCGUCAAACGUGGAAAGCUAAACAUACUAAAUGCAAAAGGACUAACGCAAACCUCGCCAACGGACGACGACAUAUCCAUCGUAUUGAAGGAGUUCACGGUCUGUUUCCUGCUGAAGGGUUACAACUCCCUAGUGCGGACGCUUCACUCGCAAAUCCUCACGACUGUAGAGUUGGAAAUCGACACUUCGCAUUUCUUCUGGCUGGUGACGUAUUUCUUGAAGUUCGCGACUCAGAUCGAGCUGGACUUGGAGCACGUGAGCAACGUGCUGUCGUUCGACAUCAUAUCGUACCUCACGGCGGAGGGAGUGAACCUGUGCGAGCAGUUCGAGCUCACCCUCAAGAUGGACGGGAACGACCUCAGGCCCUGCGUGAGGAGACUCCACUUGGCUGUAACCGCGAUCCGAGAGUUCGUGCAGGCUAUCGACGUGUUCAAGAAGGCGGCGCACGUGGGCGACGGCGACAAGGGCGAGCUGUUCAAGCUGCAGCUGCAGAUGUGCGAGACCGAGCAGCUGCGCUCCCUCAUGGUGCUGCUCCUGCGAUACUACAACCCCAAGCACCACUCUAAACAGUAUUUGCAGGAUAUAAUAGUUACAAAUCACAUCCUGCUGAUGUGCCUGGAUACGGUUAUGCGCUCGUCGGACUACAAGGGAACAACUAUGGUGGAACACAUACGACAGUUUUCGACGCCGGAGAUAAUGCAGCAGUACGGGCUGCUUCUGGAGGACUACGAGGGCAACGGGGAGUUCGUCAACGACUGCGUGUUCACGAUGAUGCACCACGUGACCGGCGAGCUGGGCGGCCUGUUCGCGCUCUUCCAGCCCCGCAUACUGAAGACCUUCACUGCGAUCUGGCAGUCCGAGUUCGAGAUAUGCGACGAUUGGUCGGAUAUGAUCGAGUAUGCCAUCAACACUUUUGUGAAGAAGCCCCACAAGCUUUACUUGAAUAGCAGCAACAUGCGUCUGGAGGCAGAAAGCCCAGAGGACAAGAAACACAAAGAUAACACCGACGAUGCCGAGAUAGCGACGCUGGAUAGAAAGUCCGUUCUGUCCUACACUAAGGAUAACUGGUCGGAGAGCGAGUUGUCGUCGCUGAGCUGGUUCUACAUGCAGUGCAAGACGAAGCCCAACGUCAUCGGCGAGAUCGUCAACCUGUUCAAGGAGGACGGCAUCGUGAAGACCGGCGAGGCCAUCGUCAAGGAGCUGUUCCACCAGUACGUGAUCAACAAGGAGGAGUACGAAAGUCUUCUAAAGAAGGACGCGGAGUCCAGCCGCCAGCUGCAGGACACGAGGAAGUCCCGCGACAACGAGAUCGGCAAGCUCUGCGACCAGCUGGCCCAAGACGGCAAGGCCAAGUUCCUCCAUUGGGUGCAGACGGUGCUGCUGGAGACGUGCUACGCUAAGAUCUACCUGGAGAAGAAAUCGCUGAGGACCUUCGACGAGUCCACGGACACCAGUACGAAGUUUGACUCGUUCGAACCGAAGCCGGUCGUGUCGCCUGUGCCGUAUCACGCGUUGAUUUUCAAUCAGUCCGUGCCGCUGGUGCCGUGGAACUGUCAGCAGGCGGCGAUCUGCAGGGACCUCAAGUUCCUGCAGCUGAUACACAAGCUGGGCUUCUUCAUGCCGGUCGACACCGGGAAAUUGUUCAUACGGAUACCCAACUUCUGGACGGCCGACGUCUUGUAUGAAGUCGCUGGAAAAAUCACGCCCAUAGACCCCUCAACGCUGAAAUUCUCCCUGAGCGACAUAUCACAGAGCAGUAUUCAGAAGUCGAGGCGCGGCUACUCGCCGGCGGUGGGCGCGAGCAAGGCCGCGGACAUGCUGCCCGCCGUAGACAACCACUACCAAGUACACAAGGAGAAACAUCUCGCCAACAUACUCAACUUCACUCCCAUGCCUGGAUCAUCCUUCAACCCGGUUCAAGCAAGUAAACCUAACUGGCUGGAUUUGGUCAAAAAAGCUCAAGAGUAUACAAUUACGCUGGAUUUAGAAACGUCGAUCGUUGAGACAAACAUAAAUCUGGAGCAGGCGAAGUCGAGCAAGUGCGUGCGGUCGAGCAGCUCGCGGGCGGGGAGCUCGCUGGGCGAGGCCGACGAGGACCCGCCUCCUGACGAUAAACUCGACGUGCAGACUGACUUCGAAUGUAACAACAACAGCGUGUGCGAGACGGCGUCGGUGGCGUCGGACCUGACGCGCAUGUACGUGUCCGACGAGGACGACAAGUCGGAUAUCGCGUCGCGGCCCGGCUCGCCCAUGAAGCUGCAGGAUGACGACCGCAGCUGCAGUGACCUCGAGUGCUUCGCGCCCAAGCGCCCGCGCGUCCAGUUCGUGAGGCCGCUGUAGGAACUACUACGCGAAUAAGAGAAUUAUUUUUGUCCGAUGGCUCACAGAUACUGACAGAGACCUAAAUGAGAGAGAUGAUAAAAACAUUGCUACUAUAGCUAUCGAAUUACUAGGAGAUAAUUUGUCCACAAGCGUUAUAUGAUCCUGGAAUAUCGAUAAAUUAGGAAU